CAGAGUGCCUGGGGAAUGGUAGAGGAGAGGAAGUGAGCCGGCUCUGUGUCUGCCUGCUCCAACUUCCUGCUCUGAAAAAGAAAAAGAGAAAAAGCGCAGGAUCCGAUUUCAGUUCGACAGCACAACUGUGAGGAGUCAGCAUGGAAAAACAAGGAGACUUACGAGAUUCACCCUAAAACUUCACAAAGGGAGAAAAGACAAAGUCACAGAUCGCAGCAACUUGAACUUGUACCUGCGUGUGACUGACAGAAGAUCACUAUCACUGUCAGUCUUGCAAGGUCAGCCAUCAAACUACUCGGCCAUUUCCAUUGAUCGGUGCCUGACCAACAGAUGGUAUGGACAGCGCCAUCACUCUGUGGCAGUUCCUGCUGCAGCUGCUGCUGGACCAAAGCCACAAGCACUUGAUUUGCUGGACGUCCACAGAUGGUGAGUUCAAGCUCCUGAAGUCGGAGGAAGUGGCCAAACUCUGGGGGCUGCGCAAGAACAAAACCAACAUGAACUACGACAAGCUGAGCAGAGCCCUGCGCUACUACUACGACAAGAACAUUAUUAAGAAGGUGAUUGGUCAGAAGUUUGUCUACAAGUUUGUGUCCUUUCCUGAGAUCCUAAAGAUGGACCCACAGGCGGUAGAGAUGGGCUUGGCCUCCGGACGCUUUCCCCUGCAGGAAGGAGACGUUCCUGACCUUGACGUGGAAGAGGAGGAGGAGGAAGAAGUAGGGAGUGGGGAGGAGGAGGCAGCAGCCCACAGGAGAACCCUGGCAGCACUGGGGGCUCAGCAGUGUCGCAAUGACUACCUUCACUCGGGUCUUUACUCCUCGUUCAGCAUCAGCUCCCUACAAAACCAGCCUGAACUGCUCCGUGCCCUGCGUGAACGCCAGGACGAGUCGCGCUCCGUCAUCCGCUUCGGCACAAACGCCAACGAGAGGAGCUCACCACCUUCGGCCAAACAUGAGACCUACUUCUCUAGGUCAGCCAGACUCCCCUCUCAUUCCCAUUCACCUCCUCUCCCUCCUCCUCACACACAGCACGGCUCAAGCUGGAGCCCUGCUGCGACAGUGAAAGAAGAAGAAGAGGAGGAGGAAGUGGAGGAGGACACUGACCAGACCCCUCAGCCCCUCAACCUCUCCUCUGGACAGAGGGAGCGAGCCCUGCAGCCUCCAGAGAAGAGAACCAGCACUAGUGGCAGACUUAGUUCUGUUAAUAGUAGUAAUCAAGGAGAUGGACUCCCACCAAAGAGCAAAAAACCCAAAGCUUUGGAGAUCUCACCAUCCCUGCUGCUGGCAGGAAGUGACAUUGGCUCCAUCGCCCUUAACAGCCCAGCCCUUCCGUCUGGUUCCCUGACUCCAGCUUUCUUCACCACACAGACUCCCUCGGGUUUGUUGCUGGCUCACAGUCCACUCUUGUCGGGAAUCCACUUCUGGAGCAGCCUAAGUCCUGUGGCACCGAUCAGCCCUGCCCGGCUGCAGGGCCACAGCUCCCUUUUUCAGUUCCCCAGCCUAAUCAACGGACACAUGCCUGUCCCUCUGCCAAACCUGGAAGGAACUCCCUCCUCCUUGCUCCUGUCCCCCGCCACCCACAAGUCCUGAUCCAGGGUCUGCGAAAAAAGAAGAAAAAAAAAAAAUCUUCAUCCGUCUCCUGUUGAAAGUCUCCGUCGUCAUCAUCAGAGUCAGCAGCACGGGCUUCUUUUUAAAUUCCGCUUCAGACAGGUUCGAGGAGACGGUGUGUGUGUGUGUGACCUCACUUUUUUUUUUUGCACUUGAGUUUCUUCAGAUUUCCAGUGGUUGAAAGCACUUGGUGAAAGCCAUUCUGCCACAGUGUGAUUGUGGCCCUUUGUGAUAAAAAUACAGCACAUAAUGUGACCACACUCCAGGUGGACAACAGUAGGACGUUUAGCCCAGCACAAGUCACAUUGGUGCAAAAGCAAAGCUCACAAAGAGACAAGAGGUAAGUCCAUAUGAGUGGAAGGUGCAGCCCACCCGAGUAGUGAUGCAGCUUCCCAAUACUCAGGGCUCCUUCCA